UCUUUGUUGAUGUGUCAGCUCCGCGGGGGUUUGGGGACGCCGUGGCGGAGGGAGCGCGGUGUUGGGCUUGUCCGUGGUCGCUGUUCCCCCCCACCUCCUGGUCUGCCGGACCCCGCUAUGGAGAAAUUAGGCCCUGAGCAGGAGCUGCAGCGACCUCGUUAGGGGUGCGGCCUGAAGCUCGGAGAAGUGGGAUGUAAAACGAAGAUCAGGAACAGAUUUGAAGAAAUGCAGAGUGAAGUGGUGUCAAUCAGCAUGUCAGAGACAGAGCACAUAGCAUCCAUUUCCUCUGAUAAAAAUAUUGGGAAAACAUUUGAAUUAAAGGAAGACUUCUGCAACUCGUUUUCUGUUGAUGAAAGCAGCAGCUUAGAAAAUGAGUCUAAACUGUCGUCAUUAAACUUUGAUAAGAGGUCAUGUCAGCCUAAUGAACAUAAUCAAAUUGAAGCACAGGAAAAUUGUAUUCAGGAUCAUGGUGGAGGUGAGGAUUCUUGUGCUAAAACAGACAUAUGCCCAGAAAAUUCUGAACAAGUAGGUAAUUUUCCUGGUGGAGAUUUUACAAAGCAAAUUUCAAAAACAAAUGAAACGGAACAGACAGUAACACAAAUAUUGGCGGAAUUAAGGUCAUCUACAUUUACAGAAGCAGCGAAUCAAAAGACUUAUUCAGAAAGUCCCUACGAUACAGACUGCACCAAAAAACUUAUUUCAAAAAUAAAGAACGUUUCAGCGUCAGAGGAUUUGUUGGAAGAAAUAGAAUCUGAGCUCUUAUCUACGGAGUUUGUGGAAGAACACCGAGUACCAAAUGGAAUGAAUAAGGGAGAACAUGCAUUAGUUAUGUUUGAAAAGUGUGUGCAAGAGAAGUAUUUACAGCAAGAGCACACCAUAAAGAAGUUAAUUAAAGAAAAUAAGAAGCAUCAGGAGCUCAUCUUAGACAUUUGUUCAGAAAAAGACAAUUUAAGAGAAGAACUAAAAAAGAGAACAGAAACAGAGAAGCAGCAUAUGAGUACAAUUAAACAGUUAGAAUCAAGAAUAGAAGAACUCAGUAAAGAAGUUAAAACUUCCAAAGAUAAACUAGUAGCUCAAGACAUUGCAGCUAAAAAUGCAGUUCAGCAGUUGCAUAAAGAGAUGGCCCAUCGGAUGGAACAGGCCAACAAAAAAUGUGAAGAGGCACGCCAGGAAAAAGAAGCAAUGGUAAUGAAGUAUGUAAGAGGUGAGAAGGAAUCUUUAGAUCUUCGAAAGGAAAAAGAGAUCCUUGAAAGAAAACUCAGAGAUGCGAAUAAAGAAUCUGAGAAAAACGCUAACAAAAUUAAGCAGCUUUCUCAGGAGAAAGGACGGUUGCACCAGCUGUAUGAGACAAAGGAAAGUGAAACUACUAGACUCACCAGAGAAAUUGACAAAUUAAAGGAAGAUAUCAACUCUCAUGUCAUUAAAGUAAAAUGGGCACAAAACAAAUUAAAAGCAGAAAUGGAUUCACACAAGGAAACCAAAGAUAAACUCAAAGAAACAACAACAAAGUUAACUCAAGCAAAGGAAGAAGCUGAUCAGAUACGGAAAAAUUGUCAGGAUAUGAUAAAAACAUAUCAGGAGUCAGAAGAAAUUAAAUCCAAUGAGCUUGAUGCCAAGCUUAGAGUCACAAAAGGAGAACUGGAAAAACAAAUGCAAGAAAAAUCUGACCAGCUAGAGAUGCAUCAUGCCAAAAUAAAAGAACUGGAAGAGCUGAAGAGGACAUUUAAGGAGGGUAUGGAUGAACUACGAACACUGAGAACAAAGGUGAAAUGUCUAGAAGAUGAACGAUUAAGAACAGAAGAUGAGUUAUCCAAAUAUAAAGAAAUUAUUAAUCGCCAAAAAGCUGAAAUUCAGAAUUUAUUGGACAAAGUGAAAAUUGUGGAUCAGAUACAGGAGCAGCAUCAAAGAGGUAAACAAGAAAUUGAAAAUUUGAAGGAAGAAGUGGAAAGUCUUAAUUCUUUGAUUAAUGACCUACAAAAAGACAUCGAAGGCAGUAGGAAAAGAGAAUCUGAGUUACUACUAUUUACAGAAAAGCUCACUAGUAAGAAUGCGCAACUCCAAUCUGAAUCCAAUUCUUUGCAGUCACAAUUUGAUAAACUUUCCUGUAGUGAAAGUCAGUUACAAAGCCAAUGUGAACAAAUGAAACAGACAAAUACUAAUUUGGAAAGUAGAUUGUCAAAAGAGGAAGAACUGCGAAAAGAGGAGGUCCAGACUCUGCAAGCGGAACUCACCUGUAGACAAACAGAAGUUAAAGCAUUGAGUACCCAGGUCGAAGAACUAAAAGAUGAAUUAGUAACCCAAAGACGUAAACAUGCCUUCAGUGUCAAAGAUCUUACCAAACAACUCCAGCAAGCACGAAGAAAAUUAGAUCAGGUGGAGAAUGGAAGCUAUGAUAAAGAAGUCAGCAGCAUGGGGAGUCGUUCUAGUUCAUCAGGGUCCCUCAAUGCUCGAAGCAGUGCAGAAGAUCGAUCUCCAGAAAAUACCGGGUCGUCAGUAGCUGUGGAUAACUUUCCAGAAGUAGACAAGGCCAUGUUGAUUGAGAGGAUUGUAAGGCUGCAAAAAGCACAUGCCCGGAAAAAUGAAAAGAUAGAAUUUAUGGAAGAUCAUAUCAAACAGUUAGUGGAAGAAAUUAGGAAAAAAACAAAAAUAAUUCAGAGUUACAUUUUACGGGAAGAAUCAGGCACACUUUCUUCAGAGGCAUCUGAUUUUAACAAAGUCCAUUUAAGUAGACGGGGCGGCAUUAUGGCAUCUUUAUAUACAUCCCAUCCAGCUGAUAGUGGAUUAACAUUGGACCUCUCUUUGGAGAUCAACAGAAAAUUACAGGCUGUUUUGGAGGAUACAUUACUAAAAAAUAUUACUUUGAAGGAAAAUCUACAAACACUUGGAACAGAAAUAGAACGUCUUAUUAAACACCAGCAUGAGCUAGAACAGAGGACGAAGAAAACCUAACACGUAGCUCUUGGUCACUAAACACAAAAGCCACAUAAGGAGCAGGUGCCACUGCCCAGUAUUGUUGGAAAAUUUUCCCUGCUUUGUGUGUCAGCCAGUAAAAAAUUGUUUUGCUUCAUCUGUAUAAAAAAGUAUCCUUUUAUAAUACGAAUGCAUUGCUGUGUAUACUGUAAGAGAAUGAGCUUUGAUGAAAUUUGUAUAGUGACAGCCUGUCACUGAAUCAGAACAACUGAAAUUGCUAAUAGUCUUAUGAAGUGCUGAACAUUUUUGCAAGGGCUUUUGAAAACCCCUUCUCCAUAUUUCUUCCUUUGAAACUAUAUUAUGUCAAAAAUGAUUCAGCUUUUUAAAAUUAUGCAUGAAAGGACACGUGUUAAUCAUUCAGUAAUACGCUAUUUCUCCAACAUGAAGAAACUAAAGUGAUCAAAAUUUUGUUUGACAUUCCAGUAUAACAUUUGACUGUAUUUUAGGGAUGCCAGUGAGUCCUUAAAUCUUUUAAUUUUAAUGGAAGCUAAUAAGAAAGCCAGUGCUUGGUAACUAGCAGUUAUCAGACAUUGCAUGCCUCUGUCAGGUUUCCUUAUCUGUGCUAGGUACGUUUUUUUCAGAUUCAAAUUGUUUGAGUUAAGGUUGAGUUUUUUUAUUUUUCAGUUACACAAAAUAUGAUUUUAAAUAACAUGCUCACUUAGAUUUGUGGACUUCAGUUGUAUUUUAAAAUGUGAAAUAGAUUAGUCAUUAGAGCAGAGAGAUGAAUAAUGAAUUCUUUGAAACUGGAAUACUUUAGUUUUACUAACAUUAAAUGUAAAGAUAAAUGUUUAAGAUAUUUAGGAAGAACCAUUUCCCAAGAGAAUCCAGCAUAUGGCUCUGUUAACCAUUUCAUUUGGUACCAUUCCUUACCAUUAUAUAAUUAUAUAUUCCAGUGGAGUGAUCUUAUAGUCCCCAAUGUGAUGUGUUUCAAUAUAUUUAUUUAAAA